GGACGACGGAAGCUGCUAAAUCCCACUAUAAAACCAAGCACUCGCAUGCACAAAGAGAGCACACCAACUUCUACAAUUCUUAAUUGACCAAAGAAAAUACAAUUUAGAGAGAUAAAAAAUAAAUACAAUGGCCAAGAAAUCAAUUCCAAUAAUUGACAUGCAAGAUUUCUCGAGUGUAGCUGAGAAAAUGGUGAAAGCCUGCGAAGAAUGGGGUUGCUUCCGGCUCGUUAACCACGGAGUUCCGAUCGAACUUAUGUCGGAAAUGAAGAUGGUAACGCGGUCCCUAAUGGAUCUUCCGAUGGAAAUCAAGGAGAGGAAUUCUCACCCGGAGCCCGGAAAAGGGUACACCCCACCCAACAUGGCUAGCCCGUAUUUCGAAGGCCUCAGUUUAUACGACAUGGCUUCACCUGGAGCUGUCCACGAUUUCUGCUCUCAGAUCGACGCCUCUCCUCAUCAAAGGGAGAUUUUGGACAAGUACGCUUUUGCUCUUUUUGAUCUAGCACAGAUCAUUGGAAGUAAGCUGAUGGAGGGGUUGGGGUUAGGUGGAGAGCUUUUCAAGGAAUGGCCGUGCCAGUUGAAGAUGAACAAGUACAAUUAUGCCCCUGAAACUGUCGGUUUAACCGGUGCAGUUAUGCAUACGGACCCUGGAUUUCUCACUAUUCUUCAAGACGAUGAGAUUGUGAACGGUCUUGAGGCCGUGGACGAGAUUACGGGAGAGUUGGUCUCUGUUGAUCCGAUUCCCGAAACUCUUGUUGUCAAUGUUGGAGAUGUUGCUAAGGUAUGGAGCAACGGAAGGUUUUGCAAUGUGAAGCAUCGAGUUCAAUGCUACGAGCCGAAGAUUCGAGUCUCCAUUGCCCUUUUCGUUUUGGCGCCUAAAGACGUGAAAGUGGAAGCGCCGCCGCAGUUGGUGGAUUCCGGCCACCCUCGCCGCUACUUACCUUUCGACUUCGAAGACUACAGAAAGCUACGAAGUUCCACACAAUCGCCAACUGGAGGAGCCCUCAAAUUUUUCCUCGUCGAAAGUUCGUAAAAAAAUUAAAAAUAAUAAUAAUAAUAAUAAUAAUAAAGUGGUGAACUAUUGAAUUGCAUUAUUUAUUUGACCUUUGUUUAAUGCUUAUUGUUUAUUUUAGUAACUAUUAUAUUGGCAUAAACCUAGUACUGUGUCUUUUGGUGUCGGCUUUACUGUUGUUGAAUGAAUUUAUAUUUGUCUCUUUCCGCCGUGGCUUUUUAUUAGUCCUUACAUUUAGGCCGAUGAUAUUGAUUAUUGACAUUUGACAAAGUGCCAUAUGGGAAGUUUUUUAAUACAUUCAUUUUAUUAAAUUAUCCCUAUGAGUAUGUAUUAUUGAUUGGUGUUAAUUUUUUUCAUAGUUUAUUACAAAAUUCGGUCCACACGAUAUUUGUAUUAUUCUCCGCCUGCUUAUGCAAUGAUUUUGUAGUAUUUUAUUUA